GGCCGACCUUGCUUAAAAUGUCGCCAAAAAUGUCCUGGAUUUUGUCACCACUCUUGGAGAAAAAUUUGCCGUCACUGUAAAUGUUCAAAGAGUGAACACGAUAUAUUAGCCGAUGAUCAUGAAAGAUUUGUUGAAAAAAUGAUAUUUGAAUAUUAUAAAGUAAAUGGACUAUCAGACUUUAAUAUAAAUCCUGCGAUUGAGGAAUAUGCAUGGACGCCGCCCGCAUUAUCAAUUCGACAGAUUGAAGCCUACUUUGACUGCUUACCAAAAGAAAACGUUCCAAUCAUUGACAGUGUCGGUGAUAGAUACCGAAUUCAACAGCUACUUUAUCAGCAUCCAGCUCAUGACUAUGACCCGAAAUUUUGUUACCGGCUAUCAGAAGAGGAGAAGAAAAAGCAUAGGCAGUUUUCUGCUACACGCAAAAAAGAUGCGUUUGGCCAAGCAACCGUGAGAACAAUAGGAUCUAGAAUGAAUGGCCAUGAAUGCGCUGAAGUGAGUUAUGCUACACCUUUGUGUGGAGAACAAUUAAAUCAUGGGGAGUUAGGAUUAUUCGCAUCGCAUGCAGUUCCUGAAAACUUGGUUUGGCACCCAGAAUGUUUUAUUUGCUGCGUUUGUGAAAAUGGAUUAGUAGACUUGAUCUAUUAUUACAAGGAUGGUGAAGUUUAUUGUGGGCGGCAUCAUGCCGAUUCCGUAAAACCUAGAUGCAAUGCCUGUGACGAAAUAAUCUUCACUGAGGAAUGUAUUCAAGCACAUGGGCGAACUUGGCACACUGAUCACUUUGUUUGUUACGAAUGCGAAUGUAGACUUGGUAGCAGAAAUCAAUAUAUUAUGAGGGAUGGACAACCGUAUUGUUGCAGGUGCUUCGAGAGUUUGUAUGCAGUAUAUUGUGAAUCAUGCGGAGAGAUGAUAGAAUUAAAUGACGGUCACAUGGCUCAUAACGACAUGCAUUGGCACGCAAGUGAUGAUUGUUUCAGCUGUAGCGAAUGUAAUCAGUCUUUGCUCGGAAAAACUUUUUUGCCAAAGCAUGGGAAAUUAUACUGUUCGGUUGCCUGU